CCUGUCAAACUGUCUCCCGUUCUGCUCGGUUUUCGCUGAAAUGCCGGUCGGUUUGAGACUCCCGGCAGUCUCGUGGCGGUCAAGGAAUAUUUUAAACGCGACGUUGCGUUAAAGGAGAAACCAUCGGCACGCGUAAUGUGUUUUUUUUCUACCCCGGAGGGUUUAUUGUGGUUGUGACGGAAUGGGAGCUGAAUGAAUUGAGAGACGGACGUGGAUAGAGGCUGAUGGAGCAGCACCACCAGGAGAACAGGAGCCUGAUAUAGUGCUGAACGCCAGCAUGACCUACAUACCACAGAGCUUAACGGACGCGUCUUUAGGACAUCACCGCUAUACGGAUACGCCAGACAGUAACUGACGUCCGGUUCAACCUUGUUACACAGUCAUAAGUGACCUUCAUUUUAUUUGCUCCUGCAGAACUGUCCAUAACAAGACUGAACAAACAGAAUCAUCUAAACACAUCAUGUCCUAUGCAAUUUAAGGAAAUAAGCAUGGAAUGGAUCAUUGCAUGAUGGAUUUUUUGCUGACCUUUUGUAACGCUCUGGGGUCAAGAGGAAACCAAAAGGGGGAAUUAAGCAAGCAGCAGAGGACUGUGGAUACUAUACUGCCCCCUCCCAUUUUCUUUUAGGACUAUACAGCCGCUCCGCUCUUUGGAUUGGCCUAUAGACCACCAGGCCUACAGUAAAACCAGGAUCAAAGGUCCACAGAAGAACCAGACAGGAAGCUCUUUCAAACAGGAGUCAAGAGAUUAUAAGUUGAUCAUUACUCACGCUGUGAUCAGCAAUACAGUCAACGGGCCAAGCAAUAAAAACGUAAGUGCUGUGCGGAGAAGUGAGAUUCAAAUAGAGAUUUUUGACGGUUGGCAACAUCAAUUGUUGCCAUCAUGCUUCUGAACUGUGGUCAGCCGUUACCUCUUCUGAGGCAUACGGACGUUCCCCCCCGCGUCAUAGAAAACUUCAUCCUGACUGGCUACCGCUUCCCGAACUACAGUCUGAGGGAAUGCUUACUGUCAGCGUUCAGGCCCACCAAUGAAACAGGCAACUUCUGGACUCACUUCCUCCCUGUUUUCGUUUUUUCAUAUUAUUUCGUGGAGGUGUUUGGUUGGGAAGGUGCGCCAACUGGCGACGCACCGUUCUUCUAUCCAUUGUGGAACUACUUUAUUGGGGUCUUCUGUCUGUUAAUGGCGAGCAGCAUGGCGCAUCUGCUCAACUCCAUGUCUCUGGUGGUGAGAGAAGUCUGCUUCUUUGUGGAUUACGGCACCAUCAGUGCAUACACGGUCGGCUCAUCAUUAGCCUACUACUAUUACAUCCACCCUCGGGCAGGGAUAGUGGAGACGGAAGGCCACAAUGGCUCUCAUGUGGACUUAAAACACGAACCUGCAGGAUCUCUUACGUCAUCCUAUGCAAUGCCGGAUUUCUGUGUUUUUUUCGAGACCCUCUACAUCCCGUCUGCAUGUCUUGUAGCAAUCAUUUGCGUCAUGUCUUGCUGCAAUACUCGCCAGAGGUGGAGGCGGCAUCGAUAUCUCAUCCGAACCUUCGUCUUCCUCCUCCCGUUCGUCGUCUCUUCCACGCCAGUCUUCUACCGCCUCCUCACCAGAUCGCCUUACUCCACCACGUCCUCCUCCUUCCUGGCUUCCACCUCCAUGGCGAGCUUCUUCUACCGCCACUGCCUCUGGCUCCUGGUGUCGGCCGUCUUCAACAUCAGCAAGUUCCCAGAGCGCUUUGCCCCGGGGCGCUUUGACAUCUGGGGUCACAGCCACCAGUGGUUCCAUUGUUGCACCUUUUUGUCCAUCCUCGAUGAACUCCACAUGAUCAAGACCGAGGUGAGGGCGAUCCUACUCAGCCCGACCCUGCUGCUGCCCCCCGUCACCCUCUCCCCUCUACCUGGACCUACCAUUGCCUCCACCUACGGGGUGAUGCUGCUCCUCCAGACCACCAUUAUCUCCAUCAUCGUGUGGUUCUCCUGGCAUGCCAACUGCAUCUACGGACCCCAGAGAGACCAGCUAGCAAAGGAGCACCCCAAGAAACCCCUGAAAUGUCACUGAUCACCAAACACACCCCAUCUUCAUCAUCCCAACUGUGAAGAAGAUUUGCACAAGCGUGCAAGUUCAAGAGAAGCGCACAAGUAAUAUUCCCCUUCUGAUUUCAAGUCCCUUAUAUGUUCCAACCCUUCCAACGAACCUGGUCUCACAGAAAUCCGUGAAAUAGCCACGGAUU